UAGCUGGAACAAAGUAGAAUUCAAAUAUUUGUUGAAUGUUUGCCUAGUUUAUUGUGUUUUCUUCUUCAAGCCGUGUGCUGUAGUAGUUUCAUUACAGAUUACAAGUAUAUUAAUUUAGUAACACUCAAAUUGAUUGACCCAGAUGGUCUGGGUUUGAAUUCCAGCUCUACCAUAUGAUAUUUCUUAGGCAAGUUAGGCAAGCGACUCUACCUCUCUAGACCUCAAGUUUACUCAUCUGAAAUAUGGGAUGAUAAUACCUACCGCAUAGUGUUGUUCUGAGAAAUAAAUGAGUUAGUCCGUGUAAAGGGCUUGGAAUGGAACAAAGUAAGCACACAGUAAAUGUUAGCUAUUAUUAGUAUAUCAUGCUUUUAACUUUUCCAAGUAUUAACAUUUCCUUCAAAUAACAUUUCUGUGAGAUAGGUAGGCAGGUCUAGGGUUUGCCAUGUUAAGUCUUGUUUUACAAAUGAGAAAACCAAGACCCAAAGAGAUGAGGAGGAACUUGUCUAAGGACAGCAGAACAAAAUUAAAUGGAAUAAAAUUUAAAAGAAUAUUUAACUCCACUCUGAAAGAUAAAGAAAUGGUUUGGGAUUAAUGUCUUAAUAGUCAUCUCUCUUGUAUAAGUAAGAAUAACUUGUGGUUUUUGGAAUGUGAGGGAAGUUCAUUCCUAGCUACUCAUUUCUUCUGGUCUUUCAUUCUCUUCCUGCUGUUAGAGAGGUGGUGGAAGGAUGUUGCUGCGUCAUUACUGUGUCCUAGUCUAGCCAUCUAGCAGGCUGAGAAACAAUAUUUGAACGAUAUUGGAUUUGCCGGGAACUGAGAAAACAGCUUACCUCUUCUACGUGGAAAAAAAGGUCAAGAGGCAGCUGCCAUUGAAAAGAUAGUGAUUGACUGUUUCCAAGAUAGCAAGCAUCAAGGGAGCAGCCUGAAGUAUUGACGGAAAGCUUAAGUUACCUAAAUGACUGAUAAUGGUCUCCAGUUGCCGAAGAAGGUUGUGGUUGCUAAGAGAAAGGUAACCAUUUCCCAUCCCCUUGAGUGGAAUCGGCUGCCUCUAGGAGCCCAUAUUGGCUGGCAGUAGACAUGGCUGAAUUUACAAGCUACAAGGAAACGGCCUCCAGCCGCCACCUGCGGUUUAAGUUACAGAGUCUAAGCCGGCGCCUUGAUGAGUUAGAGGAAGCCACAAAAAACCUUCAGAAAGCAGAAGAUGAGCUCCUGGAUCUCCAGGACAAAGUGAUUCAGGCAGAAGGCAGCAACUCCAGCAUGCUGGCUGAGAUUGAAGUGCUACGCCAGCGAGUGCUGAGAAUUGAGGGCAAAGAUGAAGAAAUUAAGAGAGCAGAGGAUCUGUGCCAGCUGAUGAAGGAGAAACUUGAAGAGGAGGAAAACCUCACCCGGGAGCUGAAAUCUGAGAUUGAGCGGCUUCAGAAGCGAAUGGCAGAACUGGAGAAGCUAGAGGAGGCCUUCAGCAGGAGUAAGAAUGACUGCACCCAGCUUUGUCUGAGCCUGAAUGAGGAGCGAAACCUGACCAAAAAAAUCUCCUCAGAGCUGGAAACGCUCAGGGUCAAAGUGAAAGAACUGGAAUCUUCCGAGGACCGCCUGGAUAAAACUGAGCAGAGCUUAGUGUCAGAGUUAGAAAAGCUGAAAUCAUUAACUCUGAGCUUCGUAAGUGAGAGAAAAUACUUGAAUGAAAAGGAGAAAGAAAACGAGAAAUUAAUAAAGGAGCUCACUCAGAAACUGGAGCAGAACAAAAAAAUGAACCGAGAUUAUACAAGGAAUGCUUCCAACGACCUGUUAAUUGAGGAUGGUAUCUCUUCCACACUGCCGUCCAAGGAGUCAAGAAGGAAGGGCACUCUGGACUAUCUGAAGCAGGUAGAGAAUGAAACAAGAAACAAAUCAGAAAAUGAAAAAAACCGAUAUCAGGAAGACAACAAAGUCAAAGAUCUUAACCAAGAGAUAGAGAAACUGAAAACUCAGGUCAAACACUUUGAAUCUUUGGAAGAAGAGCUUAAGAAAAUGAGGGCCAAAAAUAAUGACCUUCAGGAUAAUUACCUAAGUGAACAAAAUAAAAACAAACUCUUAGCUAGCCAGCUGGAGGAGGUAAAGCUACAAAUCAAGAAACAGAAAGAGUUAGAAAAUGGGGAAGUAGAAGGGAUAGAUACUUUCCUAUCCAGCAGAGGCAGGCACGAGAGGACUAAGUUUCGAGGCCUCGGAGGUGAGGCAUCUAUGUCCAAGCACACGUCCCGGGAACUGUCCCCUCAGCAUAAGUGGGAAAGGCAACGUGACAGGGCGUUUGCUCUAAGUAAUGGAAACCGCUCUCUGAGCAGCGGGCAGAUGUCCUCUCCCAGUUUCACCAACAGGAGGGCAGCCAAAACUUCCAACAUGGGGGCAGGUAUGGACAAUGGGACUCAGGAGACAAAAAGAACUGAAGACCGAUUUGCAUCUGGUUCCUCUCAGAGUGAAGGGAAGAAGUCCAGGGAGCAGCCCUCGGUGCUGAGCCGUUACCCUCCAGCUGCCCAGGAGCAUAAUAAAGUUUGGAAGGGAACUCCCAAGCCAGGCACUGAGAGUGGCUUCAAGGGAAAAGUAGAGAAGACAACAAGAACGUUUAGUGACACCACCCCUGGAUCCGUUCCCAAUGACACAGUGGGUAGAGCUGAUAAGGCUUCAGACACCUCUGAGGCCCUCUUUGGCAAGAAGGGGCAGGUACCUGGCAGUGGAAGUCAAAUAACGCAGGCUGCAGACUCUGGUAGUCCUAAGGCCACUGGAGUGCUGGCCUCGUCACGAAGAUCCUCCUCAGAAGGGCUGUCUAAGGGCAGAAAGUCUGCCAACAGCCAAGAGGCUGAUCCCAGUUCCCCAAACUCCAAGGCUCCUGUUUUAUCAAAGUAUCCUUAUAGCUCCAGAAGUCAAGAGAACAUCUUUCAGGGCUUUUCAACCCCAAAUAAAGACGGAGUUGACCAACCCAUAGCAGUUGUGAUGGAAGAUAGCAGUCACCAUGAAGCCCUGAGGUGUCUUGUGAUCAAAUCCAGUGGCAGAGAGAAAGCAGACUCAGAUGAUGACUUGGAUGUAGCAUCUCUCGUUACUGCCAAGUUGGUAAACACAACCAUCACUCCAGAGCCGGAGCCCAAACAACAGCCCAACUCUAGAGAAAAAGCCAAAUCCCGAGGGGGCCUCAGGAGCUCCCUGUUUGAGAAUGAUAAAUACGCUGGAACAGAAAGUGAGUCUGUGAAACCUGCCAGAGCCUCCCCCAGUGCUGCGGAGCCCCCAGAUGCCAAUGGUGCUGGAGUAAAGAGCCAGAGGCCCUUCAGUCCCAGAGAGGCCUUGAGGUCCAGAGCCGUCAUCAAACCCGUCAUCAUUGAUAAGGAUGUGAAAAAAAUGAUGGGGGGGUCAGGAACCGAGGCUGCGCCGGAGAAACAGAAAUCCACUUCCAAACCGGGGCCAAACAUAGUAACCAGCAGCAUUACUAUCUACCCCUCUGACAGCAGCAGCCCUAGAGCUGCCCCAGCUGAGGCCUUGAGGGAGAGGCACACGUCCACCAGCAACAUCCAGGUUGGGCCACCAGAGCUCGUGUCAGUCAGCAGCCACGUCAGCUCCCCCUUUGAGCUCUCCAUUCACAAACACGACAUCACCCUACAGCUCACGGAGACCGAAAGAAUGGGAGAAGGGCCCCUGAAGAGCAGGCCAGAAACAGUGGUGUCUCGGAGCAGCAUCAUCAUCAAGGCAUCGGAUCCUGUGGAGAGGAACAGCCACACACACCCCGCAGAGACAAUCAGGUGGAAAAGCCAUAAUGCCCCUUCAGAAGUGGGCUUCGCGGAUGCCAGACACAUUACUGUGCGGAACGCUUGGAAGAGUAGGCGAGACUUGAACUCUUUAGAUGACCUCCCAACUCGAAGAGGUAAAAAUGUGGAUUUGAUCAAUGCCUACACCCAGAGGUCUUCCACAGACUUCUCAGAACUUGAACAGCCCAGGUCGUACCUUUCUGAGCAGGGCAUCCGAAAGGGAGGAAAUUCAGGGGAUGGUCCAGAGCUGUCCUCCAGAAGGACCCAGAGCAACCUCACCGUCUCUGAGGUGCUCACCCGUCAGAAUCGGGCAGGAGACACUGUCACAGCAGCAGCCUGGAACCACUUAGCGGGCCUGGAGGACAGUGAAGACUGCACACUCAGUGUCUACAAGCGACUGCACAACUCCCUGGAACGGUCUGAAUUGCCUGCGGAGCAGGGGCUGCCAGAGCCUGGGCGGGUACGAGCCGAGGACCGGUUACGGCCACCCAGGCCCUGUGCUAAGGAAAACUGAGCCAGCUGGGUGAGGUCUGCUGUCUC